UCACUAUAUAGGUAGCAUCGAAUCCUGCUCCCAGCGACUUAGGACUACCACCCUACCAGCAUUCCCGAUUGCACCAUCGAAUUUCACCCUACGCAGCAACCAUGAGUGACAAAGAGAUGAAAUACGUCGACGAUGGCGUCGUCGUCGUCCGAGACGGACACAAAAGAUCCGUCGAAAUCCAACCUGGGGAAAUCUCCGAUAAUGCGGACAAGCUCCAACGGCGCCUGAACAACCGCCAAAUCCAGCUCAUUGCCAUCGGUGGUUCGAUUGGCACUGCCCUUUUCGUAAGUAUCGGUAGCGGCCUCGCCAAGGGUGGCCCCUUGAGCUUGCUUCUCGCCUAUACCAUAUACUCGGGCCUCCUGGGCCUUGUCAACAACUGCAUGGCCGAAAUGGCGACACUACAUCCAGUCUCGGGCGGCUUCAUCCGCAUGGCUGGCAAAUGGGUUGACGACGCCUUUGGUUUCAUGGCUGGAUGGAACUUCUUUUUCUAUGAAGCUCUCCUCAUCCCCUUUGAGAUCACUGCGCUGAACCUGGUCCUCUCCUACUGGAGAGACGAUAUACCUACAGCUGCUGUAUGCGCUGGUUGCAUCGUGCUUUAUGCUCUGAUCAACAUUUUAGCCGUCAGGGCUUAUGGAGAAGCCGAGUUCUGGCUCUCAGGAGGCAAAGUCAUCUUGAUUGCUAUGUUAUUCUGCUUCACGUUUGUCACAAUGGUCGGCGGCAAUCCGAAGCACGAUGCUUACGGAUUUCGUUACUGGAGAAACCCUGGUCCGAUGGCCGAACAUCACAGCACUGGCAGCCUCGGGCGAUUUGAAGGGUUUCUGGCAGCCUUGUGGUCUGCCUCCUUCACGGUUGUCGGUCCCGAAUAUAUCGCCAUGGUGGCCGCGGAAGCCAAACGCCCUCGUAUCUACAUCAAGAACGCCUUCAAGACCGUCUACUGGCGAUUCGGCAUCUUUUUCAUUGUUGGUGCGCUCUGCGUUGGUAUCGUCAUUCCCUACAAUGACCCAACUCUCGUCGACAUUCUCAGUGGCACCAAAUCUGGUAGUGGUACUGCAGCUGCCUCGCCGUAUGUGAUUGCCAUGAGCAACCUCGGUAUCAGCGUCCUACCUCAUGUCACCAACGCGCUUAUGGUUACGAGUAUCUUCUCCGCCGGCAACACUUACACCUACUGCGCCACUCGAAGCCUAUACGGCCUGGCCCUGGAAGGCCGAGCUCCCGGUUUCCUGAAGAAGUGCACCCGCAACGGCGUCCCGAUUUGGGCAUUCUGCAUCGUGAUGCUGUUUCCUCUGCUCUCAUUCCUUUCGGUGUCCAGCGGCUCGUCUCAGGUGUUGACAUGGCUGAUCAACUUGAUUACCGCUGGCGGCGUCAUCGACUACAUCGUCAUGUGCAUCACCUACAUUUGCUUCUUCAACGCCUGCAAGGCCCAGGGCGUCGACCGCAACACGUUUCCCUACACCGGAUGGUUCCAGCCUUACUGCGGAUAUAUUGGCCUGACUGCAACGACAAUCAUUGUUAUCUUUUACGGAUACUCGAGCUUCACACCAUGGGAUGUCGGCACGUUUUUCUCGUACUAUACCAUGGUCAUUGUGGCGCCUAUUCUCUUUCUUAGCUGGAAACUUAUCAAGCGGACCAAGCUUGUGCGUUCAGCCGAAGCGGACCUCGUCUGGGAGAGGCCUAUUGUCGAUGCUUACGAAGCAUCAUUCCUGUCGCCGGCCGUCGGAUUCUGGACCGAGAUGCUCCAACUGAUUGGACUCAGGCGCAGCAAGAAAGACGAUAAACGUGGCUCGGUCGCUGCUUCAUAAAACCACUAACAUUCCAUGUACAUACAUAAGAGAAGUUGGAUCACCUUCGCCCACUGGACAUAACAGGACAUAUAUCUGACAAUCCAAAUAUCCUCCUUUGAGGGAACCAUAAGAUCUUACUGCGACGGAUCUGAUCUCCGGGCCGAAGUCUGGGGUAGCCAAAUACUAAA